UCUGGCAUGUUGCUCUUAGCCAAUGUCUUUCUAAGCCUAUGGCUUUCUACUGCCAAAGGAGAAGUGAAACCUUGUGAUUUUCCACAUAUCAAAAAUGGAGGUCUAUAUCAUGAGGGGAAAUACAGAGCAUACUUCCCAGCAUCUGUAGGAAAGCAGUUCAGCUAUUACUGCAAGAGAGGAUUUGUGAUUCAUUCAGGGACACACUGGGGCUACAUUCGCUGCACCACACAAGGUUGGGAGCCUGCAGUCCCGUGCCUCAGGCAAUGUAGUUUCCCUUAUGUGGACCAUGGUGUACUUUUAGAACGGAAAGCCAGCUACGUACAGGACCAGUCUGCAAAAGUCAAGUGUUACUCUGGAUACAGACUUCCAAAUGGUCAGGACACAAUUACAUGUACAGAGAAUGGCUGGUCUCCUCAACCCAAAUGCAUCCGUGUCAAGACAUGUUUAAAGUCAGAUAUAGAAAUUGAGAACGGGUCUCUUUCUGAAUCUGAUCUUACAUAUGCUCUAAAUAAAACAACACAGUAUAGGUGCAAAGAGGGGUAUGUAACACCGAAUGGAGAAACAUCAGGAACAAUUACCUGCCUCCAAAGCGGAUGGUCGUCUCAACCCUCGUGCAUCAAGUCUUGUGACAGGCCUGUAUUUGAGAAUGCUGGAACUGAAAAUAACAGAACAUGGUUUAAACUCAACGACAAAUUAGACUAUGAAUGCCAUGUUGGAUAUGAAAGCAUACAUAAAGAUACCAAGGGCUCCAUAACAUGUAAUUAUGAUGGAUGGUCUGAUAUUCCUUCAUGUUAUGAUUCGACAAAGACAUGUGGACCUCCUCCACCUAUUGACAAUGGAGACAUCACCUCCUUCCCUCUACCAGUAUAUGCACCAUUAUCUUCAGUUGAAUAUCAGUGCCAGUCCUUGUACCGACUGCAGGGCAACAAGAAAAUAACGUGUAGAAAUGGAGAAUGGUCAGAGAAGCCAAAAUGUUUACAUCCGUGUAUAGUAUCAGAAGGAAUUUUGGAAACGCAUAACAUAAUUUUCAGAUGGAGAGAAAAACAAAAGCGGUAUUACGAAUCAGGAGAGAUGCAAGAAUUUAGGUGCAAAAAUGGAUAUCAUCUGGCAGCGUCUCAAACAUUAAAUCCAGUGUGCAAUGAUGGUCACAUUGUUUACCCCACUUGCACAAAAUCACAUUAAAAGCAUUAAUAGAAUUUAGUCAUGCACGUUUGUUCAGUUAAGGUGCAUGCAGACUAUCAAUAAUUUCGAAUUUACUUGUGAAGUAUUGUUUAACUCCACUUUAUUCAUAAGUAUAAGCUUAUAUUGAUAUAUGAGCUUAUUCGAAGUUCCCAAAACAUGAUGAUGUGUCUUAGCACAAAGAUCAGUGACAAGGAAAUAGAUUUAAUUACUUCCCUAUCUGUCUCUGUCCACCAUUUUUUCCAAAGCUUCUUGUAGACCUUUUGAUGUAAGCCUCGGUGAACACAAGACAUAAUUGCCUCAGUCUUUAAAAUGUACCAUUUCACAAAUAUGAAAGAACAAAACAUCAUAUUUUAUAUUACUAACAAAUGUAAAUGAUUUGUGUAUGUUUUGCUCUUGUUGCUAAUUAAUAAAUAGGAAGAAUUUUGUGAAUGAACUUCCAAAUAUACCACUUUUUAAAUAUUCAAACAAUUAUAUGAAAGCCUUAAAUAUUAAUUGGGCAUGAGUAUAUUCACUAUCAGAAUAUUGAUAUUUAAAACCUCUGAAGAUUUUGUAUAACACAAAUAGGCAAUUGUGCCCCAAAAUAAUAAAGAUACAUUUGAUGG